AAUACCAAUCACCUAAACACAGAGGCGCGAUGCGUGAGCGCUGACAUUUCGAGUAUAUUGUUUGAGAGCGGAACAUUUCCCACAGAGGUAAUUGGAGGAAGGCAAACGGCGGACGUAACACACAUCUGUAUGUCCCACCACAAUUUUUGUACUUCUGAUCUUCUUUGCGCGCUCGUAUCCCUCGGUCGGCUUUGCUGUAGCUACAGAGUUCUAUUGGCGGAUAUUUUAUACACGGCUACAACCUCUGCAAAACGAGUAGGAGAGGAAAACGGAAGAUAAUUAAUAAAUUAAGGUAAAUUCGUGUUUUCCUGUAAACUGCAGCACGGAGGAGAAACGGACUUCUGGCCCGAUCUGGGGGGGACAAAGCGACAGCUUCUAGCAUGAUGUCCUAUCUCAAACAGCCCCCGUACGGCAUGAACGGGCUGGGGCUGAGCGGCGCGGCUAUGGAUCUGCUUCACCCUGCGGUCGGCUAUCCAGGGCAUCCGCGAAAACAGCGCCGUGAAAGGACUACAUUCACGCGCACGCAGUUGGACGUGCUGGAAUCACUCUUCGCCAAAACGCGCUACCCGGACAUAUUCAUGCGCGAAGAAGUGGCGUUGAAGAUUAAUUUACCCGAAUCGAGAGUUCAGGUGUGGUUUAAGAACCGACGCGCCAAGUGUCGGCAGCAGCAGCAGAGUGGCAGUAACGCCAAGGCGCGGCCGCCCAAGAAGAGGGCAUCGCCAGCGAGGGAGAGUACCGGAUCGGAGAGCAGCGGCCAGUUCACCCCGCCCGCCGUCUCCAGCGCCGGUUCCUCCUCCUCCUCCUCCAGCUCGAAUGCCUCCAGCAAUACCGCCGGCGUCAGCAGCACUUCUACCUCCAUCAGCACUCCGGUGUCCUCCAUCUGGAGCCCCGCCUCCAUCUCCCCAGGCUCCGCCCCGCAGUCCAUCUCCGUGCCGGACCCCGCCCCUCCCGCCAGCGCGUCCUGCAUGCAGCGCGCGGUCUCCGGCACGGCCGCGUCCACCUACCCGAUGUCCUACAACCAGAGCACGGGCUACAGCCAGGGCUACCCGUCCGCGUCCGGCUCCUACUUCGGCGGGGUGGACUGCGGCUCGUACCUGGGCCCCAUGCACUCGCACCAUCACUCCCACCAGCUGAGCCCCAUGGCGCCGUCCUCCAUGUCCGCGCACCCGCACCAUCACCACCACAUCGGCCAGUCCGCCGGGCACCACCACCACCACCCCCAGGCGUACAGCGGGGCCAGCCUGGCCUUCAACUCCGCGUCGGACUGCCUGGAUUACAAAGAACAGACCGCCUCGUCUUGGAAACUCAAUUUCAACGCCACGGACUGCUUGGACUACAAAGACCAGGGUGCCUGGAGGUUCCAAGUGUUGUGAUUUCCGCCCCCCUCCCUCCCCCCGAAC